AUGGAUCGGUUAGGCGGGGAGCCCCCGCGGACCCAGCCCCUCCCGGCCGCUCCACCACUCCGGUACCUGCAGCCGCCACCACUUUUCGAAGCGGACUUCCCCGGGGACAUCACCGGGCAUGUGACCGAGUGGCCGGCGCCCGGCGGGGAAGCGAAAGCGCCGAGGGGGUGGAAGGAGCCCCCCGGCCGGGACUCGCCGCCCACGGCCGCGGCUGCCCGGCAUUCCCGCGGGCCCGGGACGAAGCCGCUGGACGCCGCGCUCCGGUCCCGCCCGGCCCCCGAGAUGAGCCCGCGCUGGGGCGCCGGGUUCCUCGCGCUCCUCUUCCUGCUGGCGCAGCUGCCUCCGCCAGGCGAUGGCAACGAGGGUAGCGCCAUCGGGAGUUGUUACUGCCACAAAGCGAUUCCUUCCGGCCCCCCUCCGAUGGCGGAGUUCAUGGCACAUCUCCGAAAACACCUGAGAGCCUACGAUCGCUGUAAUUCCUACGUCAGCACCCAGGUUCCUGAGCCCACACGAAGAGCACCUUCAGACAUGGGCUCCCCUGCUCAGACGCACCUGCCACCCACCUCGCGGUCUACCGCGCAGCCCACGCUUCCAGCUGGGGAACGGGCCUUAGACAAAAAGCUCACCCAUGCCAAUGAAAUCGCUACAUCCACUGAGGGCCAAGGUCUGGGGGCUGGGCCUGAGGCUGGGGAGAGGCAGAAGCAGCUGGAAGAAAAACCGGGGCCUUCAGCGGGAACCUUAGCCCUGGUGCCUGUGCUGUCCCUCCUGACCAUCGUCUUCAUUCUCACCACCGUCCUCCUGUAUGUGCUCUGCAAGAGGAUGAAGCAUUCAGUGCAGCAGUCUCCAGAUUUGCAGCUUCAUUACACACCUGUGGCAUCAGACUACAACGCCUGA